UGGCCGGAAUCGGGCAGUGAGUGCACAGGCGUCCGGCCCGAGUGGUCUUCGGCAGGAGAGCAUCUAACCGGAACUGGCCCGAGUGUAUUUUGCCAUCUGGGGUGACUUUUACUGCUACUUCGUGACAUUGUAAUACUACGGGAGAAUAUCUUAAUUUACUGUUGUCGUGUAAUGUGACAGAUAAGUUGGUGUCAAGAGAUACUGUAAUAAUUCUGAGCAAACCAGGAAGUGUGUGGUUUCAAGAGAAACGAAACCAAGUUCUUUGCUACAGGAGUCUCUGCUAAAGGAUCCACGCUCUUCUUUUUCAUUUAAAGCUGUAAGGAGGGGAUAUAUUCGAUUUUUUAUUUUGUAAAAACAGAGCAGUUUCUAUCAGAGCUCUAUAAACUAUCUGCAGAGAAAUGUCUGAGUCUGUAGCGAGUCAGUAUGAGGAUCAGUUCAUCUGUUCAAUCUGUUUGGAUCGGCUGAAGGAGCCGGUGACGAUUCCCUGUGGACACAGUUACUGUAUGAGCUGCAUUACUGACUGCUGGGGCCAGAAGGAGCAGGAGCCGCCGUACUGCUGUCCCCAAUGCAGAGAGAGCUUCGGUCAGAGACCUCUACUGAAGAAGAACACUCUGAUAGCGGAGAUGAUGGAGACACUGCAGAAGACGUCUCUACAAACAACUGCUGUGGAGUGUGAUGUUUGCACUACAGAGAAGAGCAGAGCUGUAAAGUCCUGUCUGCAGUGCUUGGCCUCCUUCUGUCAAACUCACCUGCAGCUUCACUAUCAAUCUCCUGCGUUUAUGAAGCACAAACUAGUCCCAGCCUCCAGAAACAUUCAGGAGAACAUCUGCCUCAGUCAUGGGAAACUUCUGGAGAUGUACUGUCAGGAUGACCGUCAGUGCAUUUGUUGCAUGUGUACUGAUAAUCAUAAAGGACACAGUGUUGUGUAUGUGGAUUCAGAAUGGACUAGUAAAAAGAAAGAAUUAGAGGAGAUGAAGGAGACACAUCAGAAUCUGAUCCAGGAACGAGAGAGAGGUCAGCAGGAACUCAGAGAAGCUGUUAAACAUCUUAAAAGUUCAGCACAAGAGGCCGUGGAGGACAUUGAGAAGGUCUUCACUGAGCUCAUCUGCUCUCUGGAGAAGAAACGCUCUGAGAUUAAAGAUCAGAUCAGAGAUCAGGAGAAGACUGAGAUAGAUCGAGCAGAGAAACUUCACAAACAUCUGGAUCAAGAGCUGACAGAACUCAGAAAAACACAAGCAGAGAUUGAGAAACUUCUGAUUACUGACGAUCAGAUCCACUGUCUGAAGAGCUGUCAGUCUGUGUGUGUUUUACCCUCAUAUGAAGACGUUCCCAGCUUCACUCAACACACUCAUCUGUCUUUUAAAGACAUUUCAAUCUCAGCAUUCAGAGAGGUUUUGGAGGACGUCUGUCAACAGCAAACAGCCAGAAUAUCUCGAGACGUGUCAAACGUCCAUGUUGCAGAGUCUCCAGAACCUAAAACUCCAGAUGAAUUUUUGCAGUAUUUCCGUCAACUGAAACUGGAUCCAAACACUGCACACAAAAAUAUCAUCUUGUCAGAAAAAAACAAAAAAGCAUCAUAUUCAGAUGAAGUCCAGCAAUAUCCUGAUCACCCAGAGCGAUUUGAUGAAUAUUGUAAUGUCCUCUGUAGAGAGGGUUUGUGCGGUCGCUGUUACUGGGAGGUUGAGUGCAGUGGGGAUAUUUGGGGUGUAGCAGUUUGUUACAAAGGAAUUGGACGUAAAGGAAACAAUGAUGACUGCAGACUUGGCUUCAACAAAACAUCCUGGAGAUUGUCCCGUUAUAAGCAGAAUGUCAAUUUCAUACAUAAUAAUAAGCAAAUUUCAAUCCCUGUUGUCCCUUCCUCUAGAAUAGGAGUGUAUCUGGAUCAGAGAGCAGGAACUCUGUGCUUCUACAGCGUCUCUGACACAAUGACUCUACUACACAGAGUCCAGACCACAUUCACUGAACCCCUCUACCCUGCAUGUGGGGUUUCACAUGGUUCAUCUGUCAGGAUUAUUAAAAAGAAAAGGUUUCAGACAGUUCAGAAAUAAAUAUACAGUUAAGUCCAAAAUUAUUCCUACCCAGGCCAAAUAUUUAAUUAUGGUGAAUUUUUAUUUGACACAUAGGGAUCUUCUGGCUGGAACUGAGACAAAUCUUCUAUCUUCUUCAAGCCAACCUCAACGUUUUGUUCACAAACUUUACUCAUCUAGUUAUUAAUGUAAUCUUAAACAAAUAAAACAAAUAUUGCAUUUGUGUUUAAAAGCAUAGGGUUCUAAUGAUCAUCAGAUAUCUAAGUGAAAAUGUGGCUGUUUUAUGAAAUAUUUUGUCUCAAGAAACUGAUAUAUGUGAGAUAGUCUGUGAUUAUUGUUUUUCUCCACAGCAGCUGAAUGAAUAUCUGUUCUUCUUGUGAUCAAGAGCAUCACUUUUCAAACUUUACAAGUUUGAUGCCAGUGGUGGUGUUUAUCCAACACGAAAUCAUCAAUAAUUGAAUCAUUGUAAACACAGAUGGCUUGAAAUGUGUUUGUAGCAGUUAAUGCAAAUAAAAAAUAAAGAAAU